AUGGCGGAUACAGAAACCCCUGUGACAAAUGGAUAUAAAAAUUACAACGGAAAUGGGACACUUGUUCAAAACGGUACUAUCAGUAUCGAUGGACUGACCAGUGACGCGUCCAGUUCGGACAGUAAACUGGACGAUGCUGACCACGUGUCUAUGUCGUCUGCCAAAAGGUCCAGUGAAGGAAGCCUAAGAGGAUUGCCGGCAUUGCCAAAAGAUUCGGAUCCACCACCACUGCCGACCCAACCCCCCAGGAAUAUAGAGAAACUGCCACCCAGAAUGAGGCCAAGAAACAUACAAAAUGGAACCAAAUUUAUCCCAGAAAACGAAAUCACCAUUCCAGGAGAUGGAAACAUAUCCGGAUUUUCCGUUGAGGAUAUGACGACAUUUUUCAAACACAUGGGACUAUCAGACAGGGUAGUGAAUCACCUUAAUAAAAAGUCUGUGAGCGGAAAAAGAUUUUCAAAGUUCUCAGAUUCGGAUCUCGAAACGAUCGGCAUCAACAACCCGAUAUUGAGACAUUUCCGAGACAAAAGUGUCGUCUCUAGUUCAAAGAAAAGACUGCCGUUCAUGUUGUGA